UUUCUUUUCUUUAAAUGUUUGACUGGUUACCAAGCUGUCUACUCUUAUGAUAUUUAUUUAAUGCUUUGAAAACUCUUAAAGAAUUAUUUGAAACAGGAAUAACCAGAAGACAGAGGCAGUUAAAAGAAUCGCUAACAACAUGGCCCCGCGAUUGUUGUUUGUAAUGUUGGGAGCUGUAUUUUAUUUGGGGAUGACAGCCAAUGGAGAACCUAGACAAAAAGCAAGCCUGAAAUCCGUUCAUAUAAUCAGUGAUAUUAAAUAUCGAUUUGCUACCACUCUGGUUUCCAUGAAAUAUUAUAACCCGUACAAUUCUUCAGUCAGCGCAGACUUAAACGUACUGAUGCCCCGUAAUUCAUUUAUAUCGAAUUUUUCUAUGGAAAUUGAUGGACAUGUGACGGUGGGAGAAGUAAAAGAAAAAUCGGUUGCUAAAGCUAUUUACGAAAAUUCUGUUGAAAAAGGGCAAAGUGCUGGCACCGUUGAAGUCAAACACCGCUUCACAAAUGUCUUUGAUAUAUCUGUUAAUGUUGAACCACAGAAGUAUAUAGUUUACAACUUGACUUAUCAAGAACUUCUGACACGAGAGAACGACAAAUACAGGCACGUUAUUCAUUUGUCCAAUGGAGGAAUUAUUGAUGACUUUUUAGUUGAGAUUUUCAUUAGGGAACCGCAAGACAUUAUUGAUGUGCUUGUACCAGAAAUUACAGAUGAUAAAUUAACGGAUAUUGCCGUUGACAAAGAGCUGGAUUCUGCUUUAAUUAAGAACAUCAGCAGUAGAGAAAUUUACAUCAAAUACAACCCAAGUCGUAAACAACAAGAAGAAAUAUCAGAGAAAGAUGGCGCUGCACGUUUUCUCAGAGUGGAAUAUGACGUGGAUCGUCAAUAUAUUUCAAAUUCACUAUAUAAAGCAACCCUGAAAUCCAUUCAUGUAAUCAGCGAUAUUAAAUAUCGAUUUGCUACCACUCUGGUUUCCAUGAAAUAUUAUAACCCGCACAAUUCUUCAGUCACCGCAGACUUAAACCUACUGAUGCCCCGUAAUUCAUUUAUAUCCAAUUUCUCUAUGGAAACUGAUGGACAUGUGACUGUUGGAGAAGUAAAGGAAAAAUCACUUGCUAAAGAUAUUUACGAAUAUACCAGGGAAACAGGACAAAGUUCAGCCUCUGUUGAAGUCGGACACCGCUUCACAAAUGUCUUUGAUAUAUCUGUUAAUGUUGAACCACAAAAGUAUAUAGUUUACAACUUGACUUACCAAGAACUUCUGACACGACAGAACAAUAAAUACAGGCACGCCGUUCAUGUGACCAAUGGUGAAAUUAUUGAUGACUUUUUAGUUGAAGUUUUCAUUACUGAACCACAAGAUAUUAUUCACGUGUCUGUACCAAAAAUUACAGAUAAUAAAUUAACGGAUAUUGCUGUUGACAAAGAGCUGGAUUCUGCUUUAAUUACGAACAUCAGCAGUAGAGAGGUUUACAUCAAAUACAACCCAAGUCGUAAACAACAAGAAGAAAUAAAGAAAGAUGGCGUUGCAGGUUUACUCAGAGUGGAAUAUGACGUGGAUCGUCAAAAUAAUUCAAAUUUGAUAUACGCAGUUGAUGGCUUCUUUGUACACUUCUUCACUCCUGAUUCCUUACCAAGUCUUUCAAAGCACAUCGUAUUUAUGCUUGAUGUCAGUGCAUCAAUGUCUGGUCGUAAAAUUGAACAAAUGAGCGAAGCUAUGGAAAACAUCCUUGAUCAACUCGACCCAGAACUUGAUAAAUUUCUCAUCGGUAAAUUCAGUAGUGGCGUUUCGUGGAUGAAGGACGAGUUUUUAAUAGCAAACAAUCUUAACAAAAAUUUAGGCAAACAUUACAUUAAGAAUCUUCAAGCCACUGGAAGUACAAACAUUAAUGCUGCUCUCCUUCAAAGUGUAGAGAAACAUAAAGCAACUUCAACCCCUACGAAGAAAAGUAUUAUCGUAUUUCUUACUAACGGAUAUCCAACAGAAGGAGUCACAAAACUCAAAGAAAUCAAGAAAAAUUUCAGAGAAGUCAACGAAGAGAUUUCAUUAUUCACCCUUUGUUUCGGAAGAAAAUCUAUCAAUAAUUUUUUUCGUGAGCUUGCCACAGAAAACGGAGGAUUUAAUAGGAGGAUCUACGCAGACUCUGACAGUAAACUUCAAAUUGAAAAUUUUUAUAAAGAAAUAUCUAACAUUUUAUUAAAGGAUAUUACGUUUGUUUACUUGGAUGGUGUUGUUAAUACUAGUUCUACAUCAUUUAGCAACUACUUCAAAGGAUCAGAAUCGGUUGUUUCCGGUGUUUUGCCGCAGAAUAAUCACUCAACCAUAAAUGUGAAUUUAACAAUGACAAACCACUUGGGGCCAACUAUGGAAAAUUUGGAGCUAGAAUUAUAUAGAGAUGACUUUACUUCAGAUGAUGGUUUUUCGCAAAAUUACAGUUUGACUAGUAUUCAGUCAUUUUCUGAAAUUACUGAAAAGACUUAUGCUUAUCUCACUUUGAGACAACUUCUUAUAGAAGACAAAACAAAUGAAGUGCGUUAUGACAUUCUUAAUUUAGCUCUAAAGUAUAAUUUCGUAACUCCAUUAACAUCAAUGGUUGUUACCAAAUACAAUGUGAACGAGGAACUCUUUGAGAAAGAAUACCUUCCUUCGCGAUUUGAGAAUCAAGCGAUAGUGAUACAUGUCAAAGAUCAAGAACCGGAAUUUUAUCCUGAAGCGGAAAUUGGCAGAGACAGUGUACAAGAUAUUGGACAUGGAUCGGAUAUUGUCGUAGUUCCUGAAGCAGAAAUUGCCGCCAUACAAUUUGUUCCUGAAGCAAAAUUUGUUCCUGAAGCAGAAUUUUACAUACUUCCUGAAGCAGAAAUUGCCGCCAGACACUUUGUUCCUGAAGCAGAAUUUUACAUACUUCCUGAAGCAGAAAUUGGCGUUCAACCAACGUCACUCACACACACAUCUCAUCAGACAGUUUCAACAACAGCAAGAGAAUUCCCACUUUUUAUUUUUCACAGCCCUGGUAUUCUAAUAAAACCAUUAAACUGCUUGACAGACUUGUGUUUUACUGAUAGUAUUCAAUGCAGAAACCAAACUGAAAUCUUUCUUUUGGCUGAUGAGGAAGCAGGUGUAAAUGUUUAUGGUCACGUGAAAAAAACAUCAGACACUAAUUGCUUAGAAACUCUCAACAGAAUAGAUUUUAGUACGCCUGACUUUGUUGCUAGCAUUCAGGCUCACCCACAAGGCCAGACUGAUAUCCCCAGACCAUCCGAAUAUCAAUUUUCACCUAGAUUUUCAAUAACAGUAAGCCAAUACCAAAGUGCGAACGCUGAAACAUUUUUGUCCGUGCAUUUCAAUAUACUUGGCAAGUUUGUUCGAGCAGGAGGAAUUUUGAGUGAUUAUGUAACCGAAUUCCAAUGCAUUGAAAAGCCCCCAAAUCUGAUGGUGUUGUCUAACAAAGCAGGAUUAUAUAAUGAAGUCAUUUACCUAACCCCUACUGGAAGUUUAUCCUAUUGUUUUACGAGGUUUGACACUGAUCGCAUGUGUAAUGACAAUCUACCCAUUUAGAAUUGUUAUGGUAUAGAAAUAUCUGAAAUUGAUAACAGGCAACAAUAAAUAUAUAUAAAUUGUAUA